AGCAGAAAGCAGAAACAGUUCGAGCCAAAGGCCGAAAAGAGUGCGAACAAUGUGCGCCGCGCUGCGUCAACGCAAUUUGUGGCUGCGGAGCCUCUGGGCCUUCGCCAUGGCCGUAAUGGCCAUUGGCACUGUUCAGGGCGCCUCGCCACGCUGGGAGCCGCAAAUAGCUGUACUCUGUGAGGCUGGACAAAUCUAUCAGCCGCAAUAUCUGUCCGAAGAGGGACGCUGGGUGACGGACCUCAGCAAGAAGACAACUGGCGCCACAUGUUUGCGUGAUAAAAUGGAUUUGCUUGAUUACUGCAAGAAGGCCUAUCCCAAUCGAGACAUCACCAAUAUUGUGGAAUCGUCGCACUACCAGAAGAUCGGUGGCUGGUGCCGCCAGGGUGCCCUGAAUGCGGCCAAGUGCAAGGGAUCCCAUCGCUGGAUCAAGCCAUUCCGCUGCCUGGAAGGACCAUUCCAAUCGGACGCCUUGCUGGUGCCAGAGGGCUGCCUCUUCGAUCACAUUCACAAUGCGUCGCGCUGCUGGCCGUUUGUCAGGUGGAACCAGACGGGCGCCGCUGCCUGCCAGGAGCGUGGCAUGCAGAUGCGCAGCUUUGCCAUGCUGCUGCCCUGCGGCAUUUCCCUGUUCUCCGGCGUCGAAUUUGUCUGCUGCCCCAAGCACUUCAAGACCGAUGAGAUUCAUGUGAAGAAGACCGAUCUGCCGGUGAUGCCCCCAGCACAGAUUAGCAAUGCCAACGAUGAGCUGAAUGCCAACGAGGAGGAUGACAGCAACGAUUCCAACUACUCGAAGGAUGCCAACGAUGAUGAGCUGGACGACGAGGAUGAUCUGAUGGCCGAUGAUGAGGAGGACGAGAUGGUAGCCGACGAGGCGGCAGCGGCUGGCGGCACUGGUUCAAGCUCUGGCUCGGCUGGUGAUGCCAGCAGCGGCUCCCUGGACGACAUCAAUGCGGAGUAUGACAGCGGCGAGGAUGGCGACAACUACGAGGAGGAUGGGGCCGGCUCCGAGGGGGACAAUGACUCGGAUAACUGGGACCAAAACGGCAGCUCCAGCGGCGCCAAGCCCGUGGGCCUCAAGGUACCCAUUCUCUCCAUGGCCGCCUCAUCGCCAUCGAGUCUGCCUGUGGGCCCCGAUGGCCUGCCCGGCAAGGCACCCCUAAAGCCCGACCCAGUCACACGCAUUCCCAUCUACUCGCCGGCCCAAGCUGCCGCCAAAGAUGCGGCAAUCAGCAACGUCAAUCACAUUCAGCGAUUGGCUGCCGCAGCCGCUGCUGCCGCUGCCGCUGCUGCUGCCGCUACGUCUGCUGCUGCUGCUGGGGCGCCACCGUCGACGGCACAGCCCACCUCGGAUCCGUACUUCACCCACUUUGAUCCGCACUACGAGCACCAGAGCUACAAAGUAAGUCAGAAAGAAGCCCAACAGCGCCUUGAGGAAUCGCAUCGCGAGAAGGUCACCCGUGUGAUGAAGGACUGGUCCGAUCUGGAGGAGAAGUAUCAGGACAUGCGGCUGGCCGAUCCCAAGGCAGCGCAAUCCUUUAAGCAGCGCAUGACCGCCCGCUUCCAGACUUCUGUUCAGGCACUCGAGGAAGAAGGCAACGCCGAGAAGCACCAACUGGCCGCCAUGCACCAGCAGCGUGUCCUUGCCCACAUCAACCAAAGGAAGCGCGAGGCCAUGACCUGCUACACCCAGGCCCUUACCGAGCAGCCACCUAACGCCCAUCAUGUGGAGAAGUGUCUGCAGAAGCUGCUGCGCGCCCUGCACAAGGAUCGAGCCCAUGCCCUGGCACACUACCGCCACCUGUUGAACUCUGGGGGACCGGGUGGACUGGAGGCAGCUGCCUCAGAGCGGCCACGCACAUUGGAGCGUCUGAUCGACAUCGAUCGGGCUGUUAACCAGUCGAUGACCAUGCUGAAGCGCUACCCGGAACUGUCGGCCAAGAUUGCCCAGCUGAUGAAUGACUAUAUACUGGCACUGCGCAGCAAGGACGAUAUUCCCGGCUCGUCGCUGGGCAUGAGCGAGGAGGCAGAGGCGGGCAUACUGGACAAGUAUCGCAUCGAGAUUGAGCGCAAGGUGGCCGAGAAGGAGCGCCUGCGUCUGGCCGAGAAGCAGCGAAAGGAGCAGCGUGCCGCCGAGCGUGAGAAGCUGCGCGAGGAGAAGCUACGCAUGGAGGCCAAGAAGGUUGACGAUAUGCUCAAGUCGCAGGCGGCCGAGCAGCAGUCUCAGUCCCCGUCCCAGUCCCAAUACCAGUCCUCCUCUCAGUCCCCAGCCCAGUCGCAGGCACAGCAACAGCAGUCGCAGUCGCAGCAGCAGCAGGACAAGAGCAUCAACAGCAAGGAGCUGGGCAUUGAUGGUGGCCUGGUAACCGCCUCCAAUCUGAAUCUCGACACUACCAAGAGCGAGAAGGACCUGGCGGAUGCCGAGUAUGCCGAGGCCACUGUCAGCACCAAGGUGCAGACUGUGUUGCCAACGGUUGACGAUGAUGCCGUUCAACGGGCGGUGGAGGAUGUGGCUGCUGCCGUUGCCCACCAAGAGGCCGAGCCGCAGGUGCAGCACUUCAUGACCCACGACCUGGGCCAUCGCGAAUCGAGCUUCUCGCUGCGCCGCGAAUUCGCGCACGCGCACGCGGCCAAGGAGGGACGCAAUGUCUACUUUACUCUCUCCUUUGCCGGCAUCGCCCUCAUGGCGGCUGUCUUUGUGGGUGUGGCCGUUGCCAAGUGGCGAACAUCGCGCUCGCCGCACGCCCAGGGCUUCAUUGAGGUGGAUCAGAACGUGACCACACACCAUCCCAUCGUACAGGAGGAGAAGAUCGUGCCCAAUAUGCAGAUCAAUGGGUAUGAGAAUCCGACCUACAAGUACUUCGAGGUGAAAGAGUAAGCGUCCCCAGCGGCAGCGUUAGAGCAAGCGAGCGCAGGCGAGAGCACGGCACAUCAACAGCAAAAAGCAAAGAAGCAAAAACAAAAGCAGCAGCAGCAAAACAACAACAACAACAACAACAAUUUCAAAAAAAGAAAAACUUAAACAUAAUAUUAAACACACAAAAAAAAAUGAGAUGAAGAUGAGGCAAAUGAAGAUGAGGUUUUUUUUUCGUCAAAAGGAGCGCAGUUCCAAUAAGAGAUAAAAGCAGUUAAGAAAGA